AGUGAUAAGGACGGAUGAAUUCCGCCAAGAGACGGCGGACGGGCGUCAAUUGUACACGGAAGACGGCGCCCAAACUCUUGAAAGUACGAGGAUGGAUAUUGCGCUUCUGAAAGAGCAAUAUAAUUGGAUUAAGGAGAAACAAAGACAGGAGACCUGCGUUGUUGUUUUUAAGAAAGCAUCAACCAGUGAAGAGAUCAUUGUAAAAUCUCCUGUCAGUGUGGUUCCCAUGCACCAAGCGAUGAGGAGGCGGCCACUUGAAAGGCAGCUGUCCGUGCAAGAAGUCCAGUCUGACAUUUUCCAGGAUCAAGGCAACUCCCUGUGGCGCACACACCUAGGGCUCCACAGGAACGGCUGUGCAGUCAGUGGUGUUGGCUCAUAUCAUAACCAGGAUCCCUUUGCAAUCCAAAGUAAUCUGUUUAGGGAGUCCUCUUUGGAGAGCACUGAAUCAAGUGAGAAACUGACCAGUGACCCUGAGGAACUAGAUGGCUCUGUGAGCCUGGGGAGUAGCACCAGCGGACUGGAGGCUGGGGACAGCAAACCCUCCAGAAAAUACUCCGCACCAUCUGUUUUGUCCAGACAGUCAAGCCUGGUCAGAAGCCGUCCCACUCAAGCCCUUUCCACUGCUCGCCACUACCCGUUUCCCCAGCUCAAGUGCCCAAGGAAGUCUGAGGCCGCAAUGAGACUUGGAAUGUACUCAUCAUUUUAGCCACAAGCUGGAGAGCACUUUAAGCCUGUACAUAAGAAACUGCCUGCCAUGAAACAGUCUUAGAAUGGCAAAAUGCUUUUCUUACAGUAAAAUAAAUAUCUCCUCGCAGCACCAAUGAAA